UGAGGGGCGGGGGUUUUGAUUUGAUCUUCUCCAUACCCCAGAUUGUCUGUGCUAAGGCAGUUCCCGGCCAAACGAACAACCGCAUCAUCAGCCGGCCUCCGAUGCAACACUGUUCCCUCGAGUUGAGAAGGCGCAGGCGAGCUACGGAACGCGAACGCGAGUGUCGGUGAUUCCCACCAGAACCCCCAGCCGCCGGGACGCGAUGUCAUCGAAGCGCAAGGCAGUCGACGCCGAGCACACUGGGGAGAGCAGGCCGUCCACCCAAGCUGCCGGGAAGCGCCAGAGGGUUUCCAGGGCUUGCGACCAGUGCCGCAUUGCGAGGGAGAAGUGCGACGGCGUCCAGCCUCAAUGCUUCCCGUGUGUCUCCCAGGCCCGGCACUGCACCUACCAGGUCAACCCAAAGAAGCGAGGCGUCCAGACGGGCUACAUACGCACCCUCGAGCUGGCCCUUGCCUGGGUCUUUGAGAAGGUGCCUGGCUGCGAAGACUCCCUCAACUCCCUCCUCAGCCACGAGGCCGGCCGAGGACAGGUCAUGCUGUCGGGCAAGAACCUCAGCGCAACGAACCGCUUGCAUAAGAGAUGGAGACGGAGCAAGGUACACCAGGUGAUAGAAGGUAUCCUAUCGGGGGAUGUCCCAUCGCAACCCCGGGCCGACAAGGACUCGCCGUCCGACGAAGCCAGCGAUACAGACGGAGAAACAGAGAAAGAGGCUUCUCUUCAGGCGAUCAAGUCAGGGAAUGCCGACGACUCUCUGGGCUUCUCCCCGCCGUCCCCGGGUAACAUUAGCAAUAGCCCACUCAUCCAGGUCAGCAACCGCUCGCAGAACAGCGACCUGGUUGCGUCAAGGACAUCUCCGAUGCGACCAAUAUCCGCCGGCUUGUCUCAUGCACCUCCCGGUACGUCCUCCCGUUACGCCCAGCAGCUGAAGCUGCCUUCGAACCACUGGCGAUUACUGGACAUCUACUUUUCAUACACCCAUUGCUGGCUACCAAUCCUCAAGAGGCAGGAAAUUUUCCAGACUUCAUACCUCUACCCGUCCGUUGGCGCCCUCGCCCUUGAUCCUACGUCGUCUGCAUCAGCUGCCCAUGCUGAACUUUGGAGCGCCUUGGCACUGGCAUCUUUCCAAGAUGCCACGAGUUCCAAGCUCUCCCCGUCUCCGAACGAAUCAGGCCAGUCAGAACUCCUAUCCCCGACCCAGAUCUACGACAUAGCUCGGAAGCUCAUCCCGUCGGAAGAAGGGCCCUUCCACGUCCAGCAUGCGCGAGCACUGCUCCUACUAAGCCUGAUCAACCUUGGUCGAGAGAAUCUCAGGUCGGCAUGGAUACUUGUGGGGCUCGCUAUCCGCAUAUUUCUCGAUGUCGGCAUUCACGACUGGUCCGUCCUCGGCCAGCUUGAGCAACAAUUCCGCUCGGUCUUUAUCGCUUGUUUUGUCUUGGACACUAUUCUCUCCGAGAGGCUUGAUAGGCCUCCACAUCUCAGGGUCGAGGACAUGAUGCACGCCCAUCCCGUAUCCGAGAAUGACCUCGACGAAUGGCAACCAUGGAUGCCCUGUGAAUCAUUCGGUCAGAGCGCCAGCAUAUCCCGCCAGUCACGCAGUCCAGCAUACUGCAUGAGCACCUUCAACCAACUGUAUGGCAUCGUGAAGUCCGUCAGUAGAGAGCUGAUGGCGAGGCACGGAAAGAGGGACACCAGCCCGAAAACGAGCCAGAUGCCUUAUUUGCACCAGGCCAUCAGUAGCCGUGCGCCGUUUGGCGCAUUUGUCCUCUCGCCGGAGCCGUCUUCGGCCACCAUUCCGUCGCCUUACUUAGUCAGAGUGUUUUUUCUCUGGGCCGGCAUGGUGCUUGAUGAGGACACACCCAGCAUUCAUCUGACCAUGGACGUCCUCGAAGAGUACCAUCACCAAUUCGGCAUUUGCGCCGCACCCCCGUUCUUUGCUACUUGCCUUUCAUCACUGGCCAACCAUCGCAACUUCAACAUCCUGUCCGAAGCGGAGAGGACGCGGUUCGCUUCCCUCAGAAACAGUUUCCUGUCCGUAUGGAGUUGUCAUAGCGUCGACGGUGACGGUAACCGUGAUUUCCAAGAUCGCGGCUACUCCCUCAGCCAUCUUCCUCACCCUGCCCCCUACCCACAUUCCGAUUCGCACCAGGCCGCCCGCCAGCCUGCUGGUGCAUCAGCCUAUCUCUCUGCCCCCACCCCUCCAUCAUUCUAUAGCAACGCAGCGGCUGUGCCAGUUCAGCAACUUGCCUCUGCCGCCCAUGCAUACCCGCCUCUCGGGACCCCAUACGCCUUUCCCACCCCGCAGGGGGGCAAACCACUUCUCAGCCCGGCGACGACCGCGCCGACGCACGAAAGCGUCAACAACGACGUGGACGGGUCGGCACUAACCAGUAUCUCCGCGGUCGGGCAGUCGCACCGCCAGCAGCAAAUAUCCAUACGUCCCGGGUUCGCCGGACCAUCCCUAGACUACGACACAUUACUCGACGACCUCGCUUCCAUCGACUACGUUGACCGUGUUGAUACGGACCCACACUUUAUGGUAAACUUGGGGUUUGCCCCUGGCUGUGGCGAUCUCGCCGAGAUCUUGUCCCGCGACUUUGGCACUUUGUGAUAGCGACCAUUUACUGCAAUUCCAUGUUGACGGUCUUCCGAAUUGUUCAUCCCAUAUAUACCACGAGCAAUGAGCAUACAAACCUCAUGAGCAUACUUCUCAGUUAGCUAGUCCAAGCUCAAUAACAACGGACAUUGAAUCACGACCGUCAACAGUAGACCAUGCCUAUGCAUGAGUUCUCCAGUGGGUAUAGUCGUGCGUGCUAGAUUACUGCCUUGGUCUAUUAUUUAUGCAGCAGCAAUGAUUGAGUUCUGGGAGUCGGGCGUGUUGCCAGGGGUUUCCCCUAGGAAAAGGGGGUUCCGAGCCAUUCUUUGACUACGGCCUAGGGUUAUUAGCAUAUUUUGUAAAGUUGACAAGAAGCUAGGUAAUCAAUGGCACUGUCGCUUAGG